GGCAUACUACAUAUAUAGGCUUAUAUCCACACGGCAAAUCUGAACAUAGAAACAGAAGUUUCCAACCAAAAAAACCAAUAUGUUGUGGAUGAGAAAGUUAUUGCUAUUGUUGUUGGCGUUUACCCUUCUACUCCAGCGAGGUAGGAGCCACACUUGUCCACCUUCAUCUUGUGGCAAAAUAUCAAACAUAAGUUACCCUUUUCGAUUAAAACAUGACUCAAAUCACUGCGGGGAUAGCAGGUAUGAGCUAUCAUGUGAAAAUAAUGUAACAACUUUAAACUUGUACUCUGCAAAAUAUCAUGUGAAGUACAUCAACUACAGCAAUUCCAUAAUCCGAUUGGUUGAUCCUGGAGUUCAACAAUCUAACUGCUCUUCACUUCCUCUCUAUUUCUUGUCUCGGUCUAAUUUCUCUGAUAAUUAUGAAAACUACCCAGAUCCAAACAAAAUUAUGGUCUUCUUUUUGAGCAUAUAGUUUACUUGAAUUGUAGCCAUCAAGUGACAGACAAUCCUAAAUAUGUUGAUACAUCUUCCUGCAUCAAUUGGCACUCCAACAAAGGCUACUAUAUUUACGCCAUGGCCGGUGAUUUAAUUGCUCAAGAUUUUCAAGUUGGUUGUCAUGUCAAGUUACUGGCUCCAACUUCUUGGCCCGGUUUGCAAAGAAACCAUCAAAUACUUUCCUAUGAUGUCAUGCACAAGGCCUUGCUCUAUGGAUUUCAGAUUUCUUGGUUGGAUCUUGCUUGUAAGAAUCAUUGUGGAUAUUCAAAGUACUGUUCCUUCAACGCUACCACCGAGGAAUUUCAAUGCUAUCGCUUCUGCGAAAAUUUCUGGGGAGGAGAUACGAGCAGUCUUUGUGGGAUAUGGCCCCAGCUGAGUUUCUACACCAAAGAUUUUAUCAAAGCUAUCUGGAUAGGUUUAUUUGAAAUAAUAAAAGGACGAAACGAAAGAUAUGAAGGUUUUUCCGAGUAUACUGCAGGACUGUCCACAGGACACUAUAUUCUUCCAUCAUUUUUAGUGGCUAGAUUUCUCUUUGGGAUGACUUUAUUUAUUGCUUUCUUGAUAUACAAAUGGAAGAAAAGGCAUUUGUCAAUGUUUGAAUAUAUUGAAGUAUAUCUACAGCAACAAAACAACCUCAAUCCCAUAGGAUAUUCAUACAAAGAAAUUAAGAAAAUGGUUAGAGGUUUCAAAGACAAGUUAGGUGAAGGAGGUUUUGGCACUGUGUUUAAGGGAAAUCUUCGUAGUGGACCUUGUGUGGCAAUCAAGAUGUUGCGUGAGUCUAAAGGUAAUGGACAUGACUUUAUUAGUGAAGUAGCAACCAUCGGAAGGAUACAUCAUUUGAAUGUGGUGCAAUUAAUUGGAUUUUGUGCAGAGGGAUCAAAACGUGCUCUUGUUUACGAUUUCAUGUCUAAUGGAUCUCUUGAUAAAUUUAUUUUCUCUAAAGAAGGGAGUAAAAAUAUAAGCUAUAGUCAAAUUUUUGACAUAUCAGUUGGAGUAGCUCGUGGGAUUGCUUAUCUCCACCAUGGAUGUGAAAUGAAGAUUUUGCAUUUUGAUAUCAAACCUCACAACAUUCUUCUUGAUGAGAACUUCAUCCCAAAAGUCUCUGACUUUGGAUUGGCUAAGUUAUAUCCGGCAGAGAAUAGCAUCAUCACAAUGACAGCAGCUAGAGGAACAAUCGGAUAUAUGGCUCCAGAAUUGUUCUACAAAAAUAUUGGAGGAGUGUCUUAUAAGGCCGAUGUUUACAGCUUUGGGAUGCUUUUGAUGGAAAUGGCAAGUAAAAGAAAAAACCUAAAUGUCCAUGCAGAACAUUCCAGCCAACUUUACUUUCCUUUAUGGAUUUAUGAUCAAGUUGAAAAAGAGCAAGACAUAGAAAUGGAAGAUACCACUGAAGAGGAAAAGAAAAUGAUAAAGAAGAUGGUCAUAGUUGCAUUCUGGUGCAUACAAUUGAAACCAGAUGAUCGUCCUUCCAUGAACAAAGUCGUGGAGAUGCUCGAAGGAGAUGUUAAAAGUCUUAACAUGCCUCCAAAACCACUUCUUUAUCCCAAUGAAACCAUUGAAAACGAUCAAAGAAGCAACUUGGACCAAACAAUGUCAAGUGAUUACACAAGUAGUUCUUAUGAUGAUGAUGUGGAAAUAGAAGCUGUUAAUGUGUAA